AGCAGUAGAACUUUUAUUUCGAUUCAGUGUCUAGUCAACGCUUGUCAUUCUGUUAACAACCCGAAAACUUUACCAUUCCUUUGUUCUGUCUCGAUCGUGUUACCGUUAGCUGUUGUUCAUAGGCUUUGUUAAUCAUCGAAGUCACGCUGGUUUACAAUCUCGCAUGCAUCGGGGGUGCUUAUCAGCAGAAAGUCAUUCGCACUGUUAUCGGAGAUUAUAUUUUCUGCGGCACCCUUCCCAGUGAAGUUCGCACUGUCGACGUAAUCGUAAGCGGUCAGCAGCCACCAUGGAACCACACCUGUGCCUCGUAACGGGAUCGAUUGAUCGGGUGUUCACGGGCCGACCACCGUGGCAGAUCGUUGCCAUAACGACAACCAGCGUGCUCGGCACAAUCUGGCUGUGUCAGGUUCUGUUUCAGGACGAAAGCCUCUAUCAGCGGGCGAAGAAGAAGGUAUUUAAACUAGCGCGACUCAUUCCGGCCGUCCGACGCAAAGUGGAGGCGGAAACUGCGAAAAUCAACGACAGCUUUGUGAAGGACAUUAGCCAGUCGGGGAACUACUACACCGAGCUGCCGCACGAUGGGCUGGGACAGGAGGAAAUACUCACGAAGGUCGAUGACUACCUCGAGCUGGGCCACUAUCGGUGGAAGGAAGGGUUUAUUUCCGGAGCCGUGUAUUACUACGAUCCCAAGUUGAUCGAGCUGGUGACGAGCGUUUACGGAAAAGCAUCGUACACGAACCCACUGCACCCGGACGUGUUCCCCGGGGUUUGCAAAAUGGAAGCAGAAGUAAUACGAAUGACGGCGACGUUGUUCCACGGUGGACCGGAAACGUGCGGCACUAUGACCACCGGUGGCACCGAGUCGAUCAUGAUGGCUUGCAAAGCGUAUCGGGACUACGCCCGUGAAUCGCGCGGCAUUACCAAACCCAACAUGGUCCUAUCGGUCACGGCACACAGUGGUUUCGAUAAGGCGGCCAAAUAUUUGGGUAUCUUCACGAAGGUGGUGCCGAUCGAUAAGAACACUACUGAGGUGGACAUUCGGGCGAUGGAACGGGCGAUCAAUCGGAACACGGUCAUGCUGGUCGGUUCGGCGCCAAACUUCCCGUACGGAACGAUGGACGACAUCGAAGCGAUUGCUGCGCUCGGUCGCAAAUACAACAUUCCCGUGCACGUGGAUGCUUGUCUCGGCGGGUUUUUGAUCGUAUUCAUGAAACGGGCCGGCUAUCCGGUGCGUCCGUUCGACUUCAGCAUUCCCGGCGUUACGAGCAUUUCGGCCGACACGCACAAGUACGGCUUCACGCCGAAGGGUUCCUCGGUGAUACUCUACUCGGCCAAGGUGUACCGUCACCACCAGUACACCGUUACGACCGAUUGGCCCGGCGGUGUUUACGGAUCACCGACGGUGAAUGGGUCGCGCGCCGGUGGCGUCAUCGCAGCCACCUGGGCCACGAUGAUGCACUUCGGGCUUGAUGGUUACGUCGAGGCAACGAAGCGAAUCAUCGAUACCACGCGGCACAUUGAACAGCAGUUGCGUGGAAUGAAAAAUAUCUACAUCUUCGGAACACCGGCCACCAGUGUGAUUGGAAUAGGUUCGAAAGACUUCGACAUCUACUUGCUGGCCGGCGAGAUGAAUAGUUUGGGCUGGAAUUUGAAUUCCCUCCAGUUCCCCUCUGGAAUACAUAUCUGUGUGACGUACAUGCACACGCAGUCCGGUGUGGCGGACAAGUUUGUCGAAGACGUACGCUCGAAGAUAGUCGACAUCAUGCGCAACCCUUCCAAGCCCGUAGAAGGCAAGAUGGCCAUAUACGGUGCGGCACAGUUUGUGCCAGACCGUGAGCUGAUUGGUGAAUUUACACGUUGUUUCAUCGAUUCCUUGUUUUAUACGCCCGUGGACAAGCUGGCCAAGUAGAGGACGGCUACCAAGCAGGACGUACAACCAACAUUACCAAUCAUGAAACAUCACAAAUCCACGAACAGCAAUUAAAGUUGAUUAUAUGUAAUGUUGUACAAACCAAACGAUUUCGAAAAAUAG